UGAUUUGUUCCAUGCGGAUUAUGUCUUAUAUUGCUUGCAUUAGUCUCAUUUUGGUUGAAGAAAUGAUAUGUAACCAGCAUCAACCCUGCUUCGGAACAUUGAAGAUUACAUAGGCUCAAUGCAUAAAAGAAAAACCUCAAUCAAACCUUCUGUUUUCUGUCUUCCAAGCACCUCCAGGAUGACUAAAUUUAGAAGAGGGUGAUAUUGGUCAUGAAAAUGGUAUCUCCAUUCAUGCCAUUGUUCCUAAGAAUAGAACUUUUUAAAGAAUUUCUUCAAUCUUCUAUUGCCUUAAAGAGAUAAAAUUGCUUACUGAAAUUGUUAUGAAAUUGCAAAAUUCUGAGCAAUUUUUUGACAUGACCUAUAAUUUCCCAUCAAUUAUCAAAACAAGAUGCAGUUGUAAUUCCUGUUUAUAAAACAUUACAAUGUGUAUGUACUGAUGCUAUUUGGUUUAUCUCCUGAUUUUCUUGACUGGAAUAUUAUCUUGAUGAAAGACCAUCAAUUUUCUUUGCUCACUUUUUCUAUGGAAUUUGCAGCAUUCAUAUUGACAUGAGAUACAAGUGGAACUGUAGGCAUUGGGAUUCCAUCAAUGCCUGAGUUUUCAUUAGCUUCUCUAUUGUAUACUGAGUUUUCAUUGCUCGAGUGAGUUGCUUUCAAGUCCUAAUGAUGCAUCUCCUGCAAACAUUGAAGCCGCAAUGAAGGAAUGGGUAUUGUAUGUUGGAACAAAAGGUUGCUGAUAACAGGGAACAAGCACCUUCAAUCAUCUUCAUGGAUGAGAUCGACAGUAUUGGAUCUGCUCGUAUGGAAUCGGGGACUGGCAAUGGUGAUAGUGAAGUUCAACGUUUUGAUGGCUACCAACCGUAUGAAUAUUCUGGAUCAAGCCCUCCUCAGGCCUGACUGGAUUGAUAGGAAGAUUGAAUUCCCAAAUCCCAACGAAGAGUCCCGCUUCAAUAUCUUGAAAAUACACUCGAGGAAGAUGAAGUUGAUGUGAAGAAGAUCUCAGAGAAGAUGAAUGGUGCAUCUGGUGCAGAACUUAAUCAGAUGGGCCAAACACUUAAAUGAAUUGGCAGCUUAUGAUCAGAGCAAAGGUACAAUUGAGGCACACCUGGUGAAUGGGUCGAUUUGAUUUUCUUGCUAGGGGAACUUCAUGAUGGGCCCCACCUUUUGCAUGGCUUAGAUGUUCUCCACAUGCCCCAUGUUGGUAGGAAAAAACAGGGUAGCAUAGUAAGCAUAGCAUGCAAUGUUUGUAUGUGAUUGUUCCUCAUUAAUUAAAGAGAAUUUUCUUAUGAUUGAAAGCAGGAAUCAGGUCAUGGGUUGGGCUAUUGCGUCACCAUCAUCAACAUAUGGCUGAUUUAAUGGCCAUGUAGCCACAUUUCCAACAUGGGAUAUUUAUUGGAAAGUUAAAAAGUGAAAAA